UGAUAAUUCUUUAGAAAAUUGACGAUUUAAAGGUUUCAGAACUUUUAGAAUGUUUUACUACUCUUAUUUUGUAUGACAAACUUUUUUCUGAGAUUCCAAACAGUUGUUUAGGUAUUUGCAGAUCAUUUAUUCUACGAGUUUGAUAUUUUGAGAUGCGAUUUCUCCUCGUAAACUUUCCCCUAAGAUUCUCUGGGCGCAUUUCCUUAAGAAUCUUGUGUACCGUUAUGGCUCGGUCAUACCUGAUAAUGUUUUCAACGCUUAGACGUGCGGAUUGUAUCUUACCCUUAAUAGGAGCGCAUUCAAUGAGGUAGAGAUGCCAUAUCCUGUAUCUUCUGCAAUGAGCAGAAUUUUAUUUUCAGGCAAAUGGCCCCACAUCAAGUUUCCAUAUCUCAGGCGGUUUAACAAUUGUGAUUGUGGUAGUAUUUCUCUGAGUGUUCUUAUAGAAUUGAAUCCACCUUGCAGUUUUCCCUUAACUAUUAUAUAUUGCUGGUUCCAGGAGAAACUUUCAUCAAUUGUCAGACCUAAAUAGUUUGUCUUGCUUACCCUUUUAAUUUCACCUUUGUCAGUAUCGAUCUUACCAAUUUUUCAUUAGAGAUUUCAUCUGUUUAUUUGUCAUUACCAAGAAACACACAUUGCUACGUUUAUUUUGACCUCGCCAGUCCACGAUCCCCUCUAGCUCCCUGUUUAGGCCUUCUGAAAGUUGCAGGGGAUUUUCACUGCUAGAGAAAUGCUUGUGUCAUUGGCAUACACAUUGGGGUAGAAUGUUGAUAGGGACUUAGGGACUUUUCAAAAUCAUUCGUAGAGGCCCCAAAAAUGAACCUUAUGGAAUGCCGCAGGUGACCUCCUGUUUCUUUGAGUUUUAUCCGCUUAGGCAGCAAUACCUUUCACGACCAGUUAGAUAUGAUGUAAACCACGCAGUUCAUUUUGAAUGAUACCAUAUUUUCCGAGCUUAGUCAACAAUAUAUCAUGGUCGAUGGUGUCAAAAGCUUACCCAAGAUCCAAGAACAAACUUACAUCAAUCAUUUUCUCAUCUAUGUUUUUAAACCAAGCGUUGCUUGCAUUCAACAACGACGUAAUCGUUAAAUGUAGCUUGCGAUAGGCAAAUUGGUUUCUGGAUAAUAGAUUGUUUGCAGUUAGAAAUUCGAAAAGUUGAUCGUUGACUACUUUCUCAAAUAAUAUUCAGUACGUUACAUAUCCCCCGUAAGCAAAGGAUCAGUAUUAAGCAGAAUCUACAGAGAAAAGCAGUUUCAUGGUUUUCUUAUAUCAUUACGGGAUAUGCACGAAAACAAAAGGACUUCCAGUUUUAACAUAAAAGAAUACAAUUUCUAUUAGAGGUGUGUGAGAUUUUCAUGGAGUAAAGUUUGUCCCUCGGUUUAGUUCAAUAAUUUAGAAUAUCUCAGAAAUCAUUGACGUCAGUGUAGGUGUUUUUAGUCAAGAGCUUUCACUUCAUUUAAGGCCUUGGUCAAUGUAGCCACCACGUUCACCUACCUUGCAACUUAAAUGUGCCAGCAGGUGUACGAUUUAGCUCCUUUCUUCCGCGCUUUCCUCUGCAGGAUGUGUAUUCCAUUAUUUGCUUAUGCUUAUAAAUGCAGUAGAUUUUUCCUGCAAAUGCAAGUUUUGGUAAAAUAAAAGCCAAAUGAAAUGAAAUUAUUUGUAUUUGAUUUUCAAGAUCUCCAUGGUCUUGCUUUACACAGCUGAAUCUCGUGAAUCAAGCCGGCAUUUCUGAACACGACUUAUUGUCAAAGCACAGUUUCUAGGUAAAAAGUUUACCGGACACAAAUUUUAGAAUCUUGAAGCCAACAAUGUGUAGAGCUGGCCUAAAACAUAAUAAACACUGUUUGGAAUUUAAGCUACAAGAGACUACAAGCUGUUUUACAGUGGUGAUUUUCAAAUUCAAGCAGAAUUUGCAGUGACCUGGGCCUUUAUCAUUCAGAUCCUAACGAUAGAAGAUAUCAAAGUCGAGAGCAAAGGAAAAGCAAUGUCAUUACGAAUGCGUCGUUUAAUGCAAUCAAUUUAAAUUACACAUCACAGGCAGCUGCUGAAUAAAAUGAACCAAACCUACAAAACUUGGACGCCUUAUCCGAACUUAAAAUGCCUUUAUGGAAAAGAAGUUUUGGUUGCAAUAAACAUACCCUCGAGCAUUGUUUCAGCAUUGAUCAACGGCAUGGUAUUCUUUCUGCUUGCAUAUAAGGUCAGCUUUACGGAGCGUUCCAUCAUUUGCUUGACUAUUGCAGAUUUUCUUACAGCCACUGUAAGCCAGCCAUUGCUGAUUACUGUCUACAUAUUCGAACUACUCAAUGAUCCUACCUAUUAUGAAACGUCUCUUAACAUACAGCGUGUUACAUUUUAUCUAAACUGCGUGACGUGCUCAGCUACAGUUUUUAGUAUAUUAUUUGUUAUUAUCUCAAGGUACAUUCAGAUUAGGUUUCCCUUCACUCAUGAAGAGAUCAUAACAAAGAGACGUCUCAUUAUAGUUUGCAUAUUCAUUUGGCUGGCAUCUCUUACGUUAUCGUUGAUGGCCUGGUUUAAAGGUAUCAGUCUUGUUGUCUUUUACUGUCUCAUACUAUUUGGGAUACUGACAGAAUUCUUGAUAAUAAUCUUCGUUUGCAUCAGCAUACUUAAAAUCACGACCAAAGUUGUGCGAGAUAUCAACAAAACCAGAUCACCAACCAAGGCAACGAAAACUGUGGCAAUUAUUGUUUGUAUGUUUACAUUAUCACUUGUACCGUUUGGUUUGAUUGGAUUCGUGUACUUUUUGAAGUGGCCAUCGGUCGUUUGGACAUAUGUAUCAGACCGAGACUGCACUCCUUUCGAAACAACGGUUUACGCAACGCUGUAUUUCUACAGCAUAUUUCUCUUCCAUCUGCAUUCCACACUCAAUCCGUUUGUUUACAGUUUUAGAGAUGCAAGAAUUAAGCGGGCUCUUUUCCGUUUUAUUGGAAAGCCAAGAUCUAAUAUGGUUGAUAUAACAAAUGAAUAUCAAGGCACUUGAUUACCAAGAAAUCAAUCAGAAGUUGCUGAAUCAGAUUUAACUGGAAUGCAGUUUUUGCCUGUGGGCGAGAAAAGACGUCUGAUUCUAUAUCAAACGGUUAUGUCAAGAUUAUAUCAUUGAUGGUGAAAUACAUAAAAUACUGUUAAGCAAAUUUGAGAGUAUGAUGUCCAUAUCAUGGCAGUAAAAUACCAAGGAGGAUGUACCCAAAUUGCAGAACAUGACAUUUUGACUCACUGUUAUGACUCUCUCUAAAGAAUACUGUUCCCUACGGAAAUUUUGAUCUAUGUAUAAUUGAAAAUUUCUGUCAGGUUAUUGUGUAGCCAGAAGAAGAACAAAUAGCUUAAAGGCAUCGUUAUGAUAAAAUGGAUUGGGUAUACCCUAAGUGCCAAAAUACGCUGAGUCAUGAUUUUCAUGACUGCGAUGCUAUUGGCUGACCUGGAACUGGUCACAUGAACUCACUCCGUACUGAUUGACUAAGCAAUUUUCAUUAAUAACAAGUUGUAAACAACGGAUGCAAAUAUCACAUGAAACAAAAGCGAUCACGCCGAAAUCAAAUGACCCCCUAUAGAGAAGGCCUAUUUACCAUGACUCAAUGCCUUUAAGCAAGCAACACCAAGAAACCGAAUAAUGUUGAAUAGCAUUGUUUUUUCAGAGCAUUUUGUAGAUAGCAUGCUAUGUAUUUCAAAAGUUAAAGAAAAUAUCACGCAUGUUUUUGAACAUGAAACCUAAAGUUAGACAAAUAGAACAUUAAUAUUUCAACUUCAUUUAACAUAGAACACUACUGUGGCUGAACGGAAUACAAUAUUGUCAUUUUAUUUACUUUUCAAAAUGCCUACAUUAAAAUAAGUUUCUUUAGUUCAGACGAUAAUUUGCCCCUAUUUAACAGCUACGAGCAUUGAAAUUCCCGAUACCUCCAGGGACAUAGCAACAAAGUAUACAAAAUAACCCAUAGGGAAGUAGUUUUGAAAGUUGUUUGAUGCUCUCGAUAAGCGUGAAACUAGUAGCAGCAACUUGGACCCUUUAUGUUCUAUACACCAAAAGCAUAUAUCAUACAUAUCCGUAUUCUAAAAACGUUUCCAAAGAGCAAUAUAUUCAGCUGGUUUAUGGCUAUCGUUGGGUAAUUUUAUUGUCUCUUUCUCAAGUCAAAGCAAGACAGAGUUUCCAUGCAUUAUUUCAAGCUAUUGAUAUUCCUCCGGACCAUUCUCUCAUGUGCGCCAUCCAGGCUGUUUAUUGUCUUCCCUUCUAAUAUUCCUGAUUUGCAAUUUUCCCCUACUGGCGCUAUGACUACACUUUCUGUUCUCUUUCUCUAAUGAUUAUAUUUUGAGUUUUUUGACAUCUUUCUCUUUUUUAUUUUUUCGGCAAUACCAUCUUCUUUCUUUACUACAGCUCUUCUCAAACCCAUUCAUAUCCCGAUAAUUCUUUUCCACACCCACAUGUCAAAUUUCUAGACAUUUUUGUACAAAUGUCUUAAGUCAAGUUAUAGACUUUAUAUCAGGCCUCAUCUAGAUCAUGGCGACACCAUUUAUCAAAGACAUGUUCCGGAAUCGAGGAUAGACUUUGCAAAACGACUCAAAACAAUUACGAAACAGCGUAUGAAAUUUGUCUUAAACAGCGAUUUUUCUUAGACAACAUUUGUUCCAUAACGAUUGGUGCAUCAGAAAAAUAAAAGAUGAAUUGUUUGAAAAUUAGAUGAAGUGCAACUUGGGAUAAU